AUGGCGGCAGAGGCACAACAAGGAUCAGAGAAACGUGCGGAGGACGCUGAUGGGAUAACUCAGCCACCAGACCUCCGUCAAAUUACCGUUCUAAGGAAGGCUGAAUGGCAGAAGAUUCAGGAUAAGCUGAACCAGGUGAACAGAGAGGAGGAGCGUAUGAGAGAGGCGGCUGAGCGGAGGAAGGCCCUGCACCUCCAGUCGCAGGAGGUGGUCAAGCUCUGGUCCAGUACCAUCACUAGUCAGACGCAGAAGAAGCUGGAGGCAAAGAAGAUCCGAGAGCAGAUUGAGGAGGAGAAAAGGAAGCAGAUCGACAUCGAAGAGGCAAAAUACCAGGAACAAAAGAGGAGAGAGGCCAUCGAAAAAGCUAAAACUCAGCUUUAUUACCAAACCAACCGGGUCAAAGGAUUACAUAGCGCUCUCCUGCUGACAGAGGUGCUGAAGGAGAGGGAGGCGCAACUUGAGCUCAAGAAACGAAUCAAGAGUGCCACAAAAGACACGAACAAAAUGUUCCUGGAUGUGGUGAAGACCAAAGAGGAAGAGGCUUCCAGGAAAGAGCAGGAGAAAGCCGAGCAGAGAAGGCAUGACAGCGAGGCCGUCGCAGAAGAACUGAAACAUCGAAUAAGAGAAAAUGAAGCUGCUAAAGAGCGAGAGAAGCUGGAGAGCAAGAAGGAAGGGGAGGAAAUCCAGCGUUUACAAGAGCUCUACCAGUGGGAACACAGAAUGGAGUCGGAGAAACAAGAAACCGAGAAGAGGAACCUCAUGCGCGCUCACCUGGAGCACAUCGCCAACAGAGACCUCAUGAGAGCCUUGGAGGCCCAGAAACAGGAAGCCGAGGAGGAAAAAAGGAAAGUUUUUCUCUCCACCAAACAGAAAAUGAUGAAGCUGCGCAAAGAAAAAGAAAAAGAGCUGCUUCAAGAGGCUCAGACGCGCAGAGAGAGGAUCCUGAACAGUCUGGUCGUCACACAGCAGCAGCAAACCAGCAGCGAGGAGGAGAGGAUCGCUCGGGCCGUGGCGGAGCAGGACAGGAAGGAGGCUCUGCUGCGGCUGAAGGAGGAGGAAAAGAGGGCCGCCAUGCUGAAAUCCAUCGCUCAACAGAGAGAACUCCUGCAACAAGAAAAGGAGCAGAGGGACAAACUGGACAAGCAGAAGAAGCAAGACGAACUGCAGGCCAGGAAAGAGAUGCUCAGGAUAUCUUCAGAGAAACAAGAACUGCAGGUUGAAAAGAGUGUGCGGCGAGAGCAGCUGAGACUGGAGGAGCAGGAACUCGAAGUGAGGAACGCCGAGCUGGCCGCCAUGGAGGACAGGCAGUUCCAGCAGUAUUCGCACGGCGUGAUCAGCGUGGCGGCCGAGGCUCAGAGGAACGUCUUCCCGCUCUGCAAGGCUGCGAGGGAAGGGUUCGGAGGGGGGCCCGGUCCCGUCAGAGCGGUCAGGAAAAGCUAUCUGGUUCAGGACGGCAGCGGCGCUCAGAUGCCCAACUACGUCUCCGGGACGACAGAGGACAUCAGGAAGCUUCACGAGCCGGCAGACAUCCAGGACGCCAAGAAGAGACUGGGAUUCACGUGGUGA